CGUGAAUCGAACGAGCGCCGCGUUGAGUGAGGAACAGCCGCCGCCGCACCACACAAACGCGAUCACACACUACUCCCACACCCAAAAAUAAUAAAGCCACACGGUAGCGAGGCUCACGCGUACCUACGUGUUUUAGUGCGUGCGCGUAUGCGUGCGCUGGCGUACGCGCCUGUGUGAUAUUAUACAUUCAUAGAGAACGGCGCGGGCCUGCCGAGGGAUGAUGGAACAGUGUGCGCGCGCGCGCGCCUUCUCGCGUGUAUUAUAUACGUAGGUGCGCAACACUGCGAGAGAGGAGGCGAGUCAGUCGUGUAGCGGGCGUUGUGUGUGUUUCGCUGUGUCGCUCAUACGUACACAUAUAGGUAUAAUAUCCGCGUGUGCGUACGUACGUAUUAUACGUACUUAUGUAUAUAUAUAUAUAUAUAUAAAUAUGUGCGCGCGAGUUGCCCAGUGACGUGAUCAAGCAAACGACGGAAUCGUGAACCGACCGACACACCGCCGCGAAUCCAAGCGAAUUCCGGUGCGGCUAGUGUCCCGGGGGCCUCCUCCUCCUCCUCCUCUUCCUCUUCUCUUUGAGACUUGUAUGCCGGAUCCUUGGCGCGUUACGAAUAUCGGGCUUAUCUCAUUUCGAUGUGCGAUAUGUAAGUGUACGUACACUGUACGUAAACGGAGGAAUCCUACGCGGCUUGUACACAUAUCGCCAAGUAUCUUCUGUUUAUUUACCGUCGCUUUGGAGCGGCGGGUGGAACGUGGGGGGAGGAGAAGAGAGCAACCCGAGAAAAUACUACGUUUCUCUGCUUCGCCGUUGUGUUUUCCGCUCCUGUUCGUCUUCCUCCUACUCGUCGUCGUAUUGUUAGUGGCAAUAGUAACCGUACAUGGUAGUUUUAGUUGUUGUGUAGUUGAGAGGUGAACCAGGACUACUGGUGUAACAUAGUGCGACCAGUGAUUGUGUUAGUGCGACGACAACGGUGAUAGUGACGAUGAUGAUGAUGAUGAUGAUGAUAUGGUGAUGGUGAUGUGGUGGUGGUGCUGCUGCUGCUAGUGGCUACGAGAUGAUGAUGGUGUUGUAUCGAGUGUGGAUCGAGUUUUCAUCCACGUAUAACCAGGGCAAUCAUUAGAAGAUAGGAUAGAUAGGAACAAAAGAGACUGCAGUCCAAGCGAGACGAGAGAAUUCGAGUAUAGGAUGCAUGGGAGCUGGAGCUGGGAAGGAGAACUGGAGCUGGGUGAGGGAACGAUCACUCUGCUGCGCCAAAGACGGAGACCAGAGAGCCCGGACUCGACGCAUCCGGUCCCCGAUACCCGGGUGCUAAGGUAUGCACCCAGCCGUUGCCACCGAACGCCUACCUCUCAAUCGCCGCACUCCGGCCCGCAGCCCCCUCUCACACGUGUCGACUCGUCUGGCCGAUCCUGCAGGGGAAAUGUUGACCGCUACUCAUCCUGAGAUGCACGAGAAGCGGGAUUCCCUUGGAGUUGUGGGCCAGUAUGGGGGAGGUGCUGGCGGGGGCGGCGGGCAAUCCCCGGAGGAUAAAUGCGUCGUUGAGCAGCCACCCCCGCCUCCGCCGCCCCCGCAAAAGGAUCCCUCCGACCCGACGAUAAGCGCUAAAAAGUUACCGAAAAAACGUAAAUUCGAUUUGUCCGCUCUUGACGAUAUGAAUAAAACCAACAACGCUACCAGCAACGUUACCAGCAACGUUGGUGGCGAUCUUGUUGUUACCGGAUUGCGGGGUAUCAAUACAACCUCUAUAAAUCAACCCCAAAAUAUUCAACAUCCGACUCUUCUUCCGUCUCCUCCGCACCAGCAACCACCGCCGCUGCCGCAGCAUCAGCAACAGCAACAUCAACCCGAAUAUUAUCAGGUACAACAGCCACAUGCAGUUGUAGCUCCGCCUCAAAGCACAGCGGUGGAUUAUUCUUGUCGUGAAGAACCACCACGGUCUCGUCCUCGGUUACAGGUAGCACCGGCAGCAGCAGCGAUAGACCUGAGCGAGUGGCGGGAGCACAAAGUGCUAGCUUUGAGGGACUCACAUUAUUACCCGGGGGUUAUAAGCAACGCGACUCAUGGUGAUAUAUACGUUAAGUUUGACGGUGAGGGUAACCUAGUUAAGUACGAGGAUGUGCUGGGGAUAGGAAAAUACGAUGUCAUCAAGGAUUCGAGUCCGUCGGUUAGCCAAGUGACUGUUGAUGCGAACGUUUGCUUUAGAUAUCCUACCACAUCUAACAACCACGCCGAAACACUGACCAGUGUUUUUGUGAAGGGUACUGUUUGUGAGAUAAUAUCAAAUCCAAUUAGUUUUGUCGUCAAGAUACCUGGCGAAGAUGAUCAGAGCUGUGAAUUUGUUGUUAAACGUGCCGACUUAAGGCUCGUCCAACCUCCGUGGUGGGAUGAACUCGAAGGCCUAGAGAUCGUUGAUCCGCCAAGGGCCCAAGUAGUCGAUCGUGGCUAUCGAAAUUCGUUGGAGGCACCUGCGUCGGUACCGGUCUUACAGCUUCAUCAUGCUUCGCCGCAUGCUUCACUUAUUGCUCACAAUGACGGAAAUGCAUACUACAGAAGUAGGGCGACGAGUCCCUUAUUGGAGUUGCCAGGUUCCGUCCAAUCAGGAAACAACACUUUGAACAUAAGCAACGGAAGUAGAAUAUACGAGGAUUUGGAAAGUGACGACGAUUUGGGCAGAGAGGAUAUAAGGUUUCCUUCUGAUGCAGAUGCAAAAUUGUCAGGAAGCAGUAAAAGGAGCAGUAUGCAAAGCCGUGGAAGUACAAGCAGCCUUGUCGAGCAACGCAGUAUAACUCCUCGUUCCCAGGCGGCCACACCCAGAUCUCAGGCGGCAACGCCACACAAAUACAAAAAGGGUGACGUAGUAGCGACGUCUAGUGGAAUCCGGAAAAAAUUCAAUGGUAAACAAUGGCGCAGACUUUGCAGCAAAGAAGGAUGCUCAAAAGAGAGUCAGCGGAGAGGAUACUGCUCUCGCCACCUUAGUCUGAAGGGUUCAGGAUUCAGGGGCACUAGCACGUUUCCCGGGGGUAAAAUGGACGGGGAAGAAACCUCACGGGAUUCCGACACGUCUCCAAACUACGCAGAUAGAAGAAUAGCCGGACGUUUCGACCAAGAGGAAACUGAGGCCGCAAACAUGCUUGUAUCACUGGGGAGUUCGCGUUCAGCAACCCCGGCCUUUUCACCUACGGGACAGUCCUCUGUAUCGCCGUGUAUAAAUCAGAGUCCCGUUCCGUUGUUGGGUCUGAAUCAGAACGUCUUCAUGCCAAUAUCGAGUCCAGCGCAUCACCCUCCUCCCAUAAUAUCACCUGGUGCGAAAUGGAAGCAUUCCCCUACCCAACCGAAUUUCGCGGGUCAGUAUCAGCAGGCCGUAAUUAGACCAGAGCUAGUCAGGCCGAACGGGAGACCAGGUCAAACACCACCAGCAAGCAUCGGCGCCAGUGUGAUCCGGAUUUCACCCGUUAGUAGAUUAUUGGCAAGCCAGAGUUUAAGCAUCCCUACAUGGCCCGAUCAAAGUCCGCCUCAAAGGCAUCCGUCAGUUGUUACGUCGUUGGCUCAGCAACAGCAACAACAGCAGCAGCAGCAACAGCAGCAACAGCAACAACAACAACAACAACAACAACAACAACAACAACAACAACAACAACAACAACAACAACAACAACAGCACCAACAACAACACCAACACCAACAUCAGCAGCAACAACAACAGCAGCAUCAGCAGCAACAAAGCAUAAUAUUGCAGCAUGCCCUGACUUCUAACAACGGUUUUUCGAACCAUUCGGAAGUGACGCAAUCUAACAAUCAGCUAUUGAAGCCACCCCACUCACCCCAUGUUCCACUCUCGGUAACACCAGGGCAGAAUCUAACCAUGAUUCAUAAACCUCAAGACCAACCCGUCGACUACGCUCAACCUUUGACCCAGACUCAGACAAUGUAUUUAAUGCCUCAUCAACAUGAGAAAAAGUAUGUGAUAAAAAGCACUACUAUGGAAGCAACGCCAUUGUCUAGUGGACAUUUGGUUAGUAAUCAAGACGACAAGUAUAGACAAACGAUGAUUAAUCAUUUGGGACAAUUACCACCCUUACAUCAAACACAGUGUCAACCCCCCCAGUCACCGGCAGCUCAGUCCGUCCACGUUGAAAAAAUGUCUGCUCUCCAACAGGUCAGCAAAGUAACCCUUCCGCUUCAUCUUUCAUCUCACGUGGACUCCCAGAGGACUUUGUCGACACCGGCAACCAUUGUGAUGUCUGCUACGACAACCAUUAAUGACUCGGCACCACCAACCAGCGUUUUCCAACCCGUCAUCGUUCAACCAAGUCACUUGACUCCAAUGGCAAAAAUCCAACCGCCUCGAGAAGAUAAUCAUCAAAAGAACAAUGGAGUUCUAUAUGGAAGCCGCGAUGUUUCUCCCGCAUAUCAGCCCCAACUCCCGCAACUUGUCACCAAUGCUGUGUCCAAACGGAAAAAAGCUUUUUCCUGGCAGACGAUAGUGUUGGACCAGCCAGAGGUCAGUCCGCCGCCAUCAGCCCUCAGCCCUCCGUUGAGUGCACCCCCGAUUCCUAUGGGUACAGGCAACAAUCCUAGCGACGAUGGUAGCGGGCAUGGUCCUGGGGCUGGCCCUGAACCCAUCACUCCGGCGGAGGAGGAUGAUGACGACGUUUUUGAGACGGAACCGACAACCCCGGCUGAAGUAGAGAGCAGCAUCAACAAACGUCGAAGUCAAUCACUCGGUGCGCUGCACACCAAAGAUCCACAAAGUCCACUUAAACAAACUGUGAAAAAACCACCGAUGUUACAGGCCAAGGACCGAAUACGACGACCAAUGAAUGCUUUUAUGAUAUUUUCAAAACGUCACCGAGCGUUGGUACACCUAAGGCAUCCCAAUCAAGAUAAUAGAACAGUAUCGAAAAUUCUUGGCGAAUGGUGGUACGCCCUGAAACCUGAAGAGAAACAGAAGUACCACGAACUUGCUUCGGAAGUAAAGGAGGCUCAUUUCAAAGCUCAUCCAGACUGGAAGUGGUGCAGCAAAGAUAGGCGGAAGUCAUCGACUACCGGAUUCAAGGGCGCUGAACCACGAGGGAAACUUAAUAGCACCGGAGAGGAAACUGAUAUGGGACCACCCUCUGAUGACGUGCCUUUAACCCCGCGAACAGUCGACGAACCAUCGGCACUCGCACCCAGCAUAUUCGAAUCUCCGAAUAUCGAGAUCGGUGGUCAAGCGCGUGAUUCUCGUCGUGUUUCCGAAAUUCCGCUGCAGGUUGAAAACUCUGAGUCUGAUAUGAAGCAGGAGGAGGAUGGUAACGUAUCGGAUGACGAUCAAAUGGUGAUAUGUGAAGAUCCGCAACCGGAAAUAGACUUGAAGUGCAAGGAUAAAUUGACAGACAGUGACAAUGAGGGGCAGGAUGAAAAUGUGGAGAAUAAAAAUUACGCACAGGCGAGAUGUUCGCCUGCUAGUGGUCAAAAUCACGACGCACAGGAUACCAAGAUGGACAUAACAUGUAGGCCUAAGCCUAUCAAAGCCCGACCACCAUCCGCCGGCAUGGAGACUACGACAAAAUACCAUCAUGCAUCCAUGGACAAAGGUGGCACUGUUUCGGUCCUUUCAACAACGUACCCUUACCACAGCCCUGUUAAUCCGAGCGGAGUAACGGGUUUCCAGCCUAAGGGAGGCGCGUUUAUAACUAUGCCUGUAUCCCCGAAAGUUGUUAAACCAGAGCCGGUUAAAAACAUUGAGCAACAGUACAGUACGCAGUAUAGUGUCAGUAAUCUCGUUGCUAAUAUUCAGAACGAAAACGGGCGAACUCUACCGAAAUUUCCUCCUUCACCCAUCGUUUCACAUUCGUUACAGGUCAGACCCAUGAUGACGCUUCUUAAAGAACAACAGGGGAUACAGUCAACAAACUCUAUGCAUCAUAUGCUAACUUCCAGUGCUGGUUACCAACCCCAACUCACCCUCACAGUAGUCAACAAUGAGGUCAUGUCAGGUUCAAAGCCCCAGCAAGGAUCUCAGUAUCUUGUCCAGGCAUCGCCUCACGCUAGAAUGUAUGGAAACUUCCAGAUCCCUGUUUCAGAUGCCAGUGGCCGUAGUAUAUCUGUUCAGAACUUAGUAACCAGUGGUAAAGUCGAAGCUCAUAGCGUUAUUGUGAGCAAAGCUUAUCCAGUGUCAACUCCAAGUCCUGGUACACCGAGUUAUAAAGGAAUCGGUCACUCGGUUACACGACUUGCUGAAAUUGAGCAAAAUGAUAAUCAAUCUACUGUAAACCAUGCUCAAUUCUAUGCAGUAAAUGCUCUGAAAUUAGAUCAAGAAAGGAAAGACACGGUUAAUAUUCACCUUCCGGUACCUGGUGACAGUCACAAGCAACCUUCAACGCCGCAUACUCCGCACACGCCGCAUAACAACGAUCAUUCUUCGAACACAUCUUUCGCAAUGGAAGAGCCAAGAGGAAUCGGCGCUUUGAACAACGUCGACGUAGGGACAAAUAAAGCUCCAUUUAUGCUUGCUCCAACACCGGCGCAACUUGGUCGGGCUCCGCUACAGAGGAGACAAUCAAUGGCAAUGCCUCCCACAUCAAAUGCGGGAGAUCAUGGGCCUCCGACGUCUCAGAAUUCCGAUAAUCGGCAGCCUUCAAAUUCUGUCCAGAACUUCGAUCAGCUGCAACAAAAUUCCAAUACCGAGCUUCUGGCUGCGUCGUCACCAUCGACGAAGAAAGGUUCUUUCUUCAAGAAGAACGUCGAGGACGGCAUGGACAGGUACAGGCAAUUGGUUCUGGAGCAAGUUAACUUCCAAGAGAAAUUUUCAUCGUUGCCAGAAUUCAAGCCAGAGGAAAUCCAGAGUCCGAGCGCGAUCGGCAUUACCAGUGGAACAGGUGCAUCACCUCAUGUCUCUGUUACACCGGGACUACAUCAGUCUAACCUAUCUUCAUCCAUGCAGGAUUAUCGUAAGAAAUCUGUGCAGGGACCUCAUAGACCCAGUUUGAAUGAGGAUGAUACAGAGUCAGACAUAUCAAUGUCAGUCACCCCUAAGUCGACGAGCAGUGUAAAAUUGACGGGGAAUCAAUUUUUUGGUCCCGACUUCAACAUAGAAGCAUUUAGAACGAGCACUGAUCCAGGCGGCGAUGUUGAUCCGAGUUCACCGCGGACUCCGAAGACUCCCAGCGGUGGGGUUGGCGGUGCGACAACCGGUGCGAGCAGAGGUGAAAACGAACGAGGUCACAGGAAGGUACUGGAGCAGCGACGAAAGCUCGUUAUGCAGUUAUUUCAAGAACAGGGUUACUUCCCGACGACGCAGGCGACUUCUUCAUUUCAGGCAAAUCAUGCCGAUAUAUUUCCUACCAAAGCGAGUCUUCAACUGAAAAUAAGGGAAGUUCGGCAAAAAUUGAAGGCUAACUCGACGCCCGUGAGCGCCAGCAGUUUGGUCAGCCCGUUACCGGUGUCGGAGUCCUCACCUGGGGUUAACGGACCUCUUACUGCCCCCCCAACGUCGAUGGGUGCUCCUCAUUCGCUGCCAGUCGGCAAUAUCAGCGGUAGCUAGCCCCCACGCGCCAACUGUGAUAGAAAGCGUACCCCCUCGCCCCGCAGCGCAUCCGCCUCAUAAUGUUAUGAGAACAUCGUUAUUAGAAGAACAAAAUAAUCGCAUCGUCCGCACCGUGUAGUCUCUGUGAAACGAUUAGCUGGGACGGGAGAAGAAGUUUACAUUUUUUUUUAAAUCUUUUUUUUUCACUUUUUUUUUUGUUAUAUUUUUUUUCCUAUCUCUUCGAAUUUCCUUCUCCAGGCGAAACGUGUUCGUGAGACUCGAGUGCUAUUCUCCCGUUAACGUGGGCACACAAUCGUUAUUGAUAUUGAAUACGGGCGGGGAUGUCUUACAUCGAUCGGCUACGUGGUUUAAUUAAAUAAUAUUAUGUCAAACUCCUGUCGAGAGAAUGUUUUAGUUUUCUGCAUACUAAGUGGUAUAUCGGUAUCGGAAAACUGGUGUGUCUCGUUUUUAUUAUUAUAUCUUUACGAAUGCUUGUGCAAUAAUUCGUCGAUGAACUUUAUUGGCUUGAAUCUUGUUCAGCAAAGUUAGGAUUCGUUAUUUUGUAAAUUUAUAAAAUUACUGCAAUAUCGCUGAAAUAUUUCAGAGGAAAUGAAAGGAAAAAAAAACGUAUUAUAAAACUUUUACAGUUUUAAGCACGUGGUAUGUGAUUUAGAGUUUAAAAAAAAAUCGUACUUGUAUAUGAAUCCCUGGGUAACGCUCGAAUCUUAUAUCUGAUCAAAUUUAUGUCGUUACUUGCAACUGUGAUUUGUACCCGUAGCCGAAUUAAGCAUGGCAUAAUUCAAAAGACGUGUAGCUGAUUCUUGUAGUUAUGUAGUAAUUGAUGCGGGGCGAAUCGGACGAGGCCUAUGCCAAUGUUAAUAAUAAUAAUAUUAAUAAUAAUAAUAAUGUUAUGGGAGAAAAACUUAUAAUAAAAAAGAAACAUUAAAAGACGUGAUCCGGUGGUUAAAUGCGCCGGUCCGUUUUAAUGAAACGUUAUCGCUAUUAAGUCAUUCUAUAGAAUUUAGAUUAACAUUUUAUACAUAUAUCUACACUAUAUAUAUAUAUAUCUUGAUAAUUGUUUAAAAAAAAAAAAAAAGAAAAGAAAACACGAAAACUCGAGAACAAAGUCCAUAGAAAUAUAUAAAUAUAUAUAUAGUUAUAUAUGUAUUAAAAUAUUUGCACAAAAUCUAGAUGACGCAAUCAACAAAAAUGUGUUUUAUAUGAUAUAAGUGUAAAUAAUGGUAUAGUACGUCUCGCGCUUGGGAUGUUGCGUGAUGACGAAUCAUUGUAAUCAUAGAAGCGAUUUUUCGUUCGUGUUAAACCUUGGUGACAAUGCGUUGAAUUAUUCUGUUAAUUUGAGAAGGACAUGAUAAAGACACGGUGCCAUUGUGUGGUAACGAUGAUAUCCAGGGAAAGUGCGAAUGACGUUCAAUUCCCUUGUUAUAUUAUUUAACGGUGUAUUAUUAUAUUAACGGUUAAUCAAUUCAUUGCCCGAUAGUUAAUAAACAUAGAUCGUAUUAAUAUGUAAUUUAAAGAAAAAAAAUAUUUCCAAUAUUAUUGAAAGUACUUAUCGACUGUUUUUAAAAGGCUUUGCUAAGGUUCAACGUAUUUAUACGUAUUUUAUAGGUGUUUUUAAAAAAUGGUCACUUUUGUUUUUUUUUUUUUUUUUUACUUCAAUGGCCACCUUAGAUUUAAGCGGUUUUAUAUUGGCUAUAUGAUGAUGUUUUUUUUUUCUUUUUUUUUCUGUCCAAGCCGUGACUCAUGUAUUUUACACUCGUAUACAGUAUGGCGCGUGUAGAUCUGUUAAUCAAUUUUCAAUUCGUCAUUGAUGAAAAUGGCUUUCACAUUCUAGCAUGUUAUCUACUUUUACCUACCACAUAUACAUAUAGAUUUACAUUUAUGUAUUCACAUAUACAUCGACGCCCAAUAUAUUUUGUUUUAACGGUCUUGUUUGAAUCUAUAUAAAUAAUUCUUGUCUCAAUUUUUUUUUCCUUUUUUUUUCUACCACAAUUUUAUUCGAAAGAACGCUCUGUAAAUCGUUGCGGAAAUGUGUUGAAUCUUGGCAAAAUAACGAAAAAAAAAAAUAUAAUAAAAAAUGGAAAUAUAUUGUUGAGAAAUUGGCUGUAAAAUAUAGAUAUUGUAAUUAGCAAAAAAUGUUCUGGAAGUGCACGAUAAAAUGUUCAGGUCUCGCGCGACGGCACGCAUAUAUAUUGUAGCUAAACAGCAGACAGCGCAUGUUCUACAUAUUUUGUAAAUAAAAACAAUAUAAUUAUAUUAUAUUAUAUAAAGAAAUAGAGUAUAAUAAUUGAAGUAUAGUAAAGGAUAUAGUCUUGUAAUUUGUAGAAUGAUAGUUAUUAUUAAAAAAAAAAAACAAAAAAAAAAAAAAAAACAGAAAAAAUAACAUAAGAAAAUAUUAAUCACUAUUAUAAUUACUUCUACGAGUUUAGGCAGGAUUAGGUUUAGUUUAAUUACAAAUAACUGGGCCUCUACACGUCAUUGAAAUUUUGGCUCGGGAUUGUUUACUCCACUCCCUCAUAAUCAAAUGCCAUUUGGUUCACAUCCUCCAGCCUCCGUAUAAACUGAAAAACUUGUUCCCAAAUGAUUGAUAACUCUUGAUACCAUUAUUUGUGUGUGUAUAUAUAUAUAUAUAUAUAUAUAUAAAUAUAUAUAUAUACACACAUAUAUAUAAUUUACUUUUGCUGCCCGAUAAUAAUUUUUGCAAUUACCGAUUUACUAUAAUUAUUACUAUUUAUUUAUUAUUAUUAGAAUUUUUUUUUUUUUUUUCGACACCAAUUUAAGAACGCGGCAAGCGUGCUGCAAGCAAAUAUUGACAGAGUGAAGCGCAAAUAUUUCGCGAUAAGAUUUCUUUUUAGGUAAUUUAACAAUUUCUCUGAUCAUUGUUGCAUGAAAUGAUAUAGAAAUGUCUUGACGUGUUCGUUCUACCUCAUUUGUCAUAUCCGACAUGUACUUUUCUGUAAAAGAUUACUCAUGAGGUUUUACGUUUACUUGAAUUUUCUUUCUAUUUUUUUUUUUUUUUUUUCUAAAAUCUUAAAAUCCAAUGAGGAUUUUGAAGCAACGGACUAUUUCACAACUUUGAUACUUUUAAGAAAACAAGAAAACUGAAAUAGCGUACUUAAACUAGCUUCUCAGAACAAUUCUUUCAAUUUUAUCACAUAUGUAAUAUAUGACUUUUGUCACAGAUUAUAUUGUUCUUUGAUUUCUUCGGAAAUUUGCAGUAAAAUGUCACCCAGAUAUGAAAUAACAAUGGUUCGAUUGAAAAAUUAGCCAUUAGUCCGUCAUUUGUUGAAGAUAAUUUUUAUCUUAUGCAGAAAAGCACAUGAUAGGAUUAUUGCGUAUAGUAACACGAUGUUGUCAAGGACCUUAUUCUAUGGGGGGUGGGGGAACUUACAGAAGAUGAACACUAAGACGCUCUCUGACAGUGAAAUUUCCUUAUGUAAAUGGGGAUUGCGGCCGAUAAGCGAUAUUGUAGAGUCUCGUAAAAUCCUCAUCCUUGCCUCGCUCGAACAACAAUUAGUAAAAUUUACCACAUUUUGUACUUGAUUUAAAUUUUAAGUAAGCUAUUUUCCAGUAUUGAUAAGAUUUUUAAAUAAGUUUCUUGAAAAUUACUACUAUUAUUAUUAUUAUCUACAAGUUUUUUUUUUCUUAUUUAUACAUACAUAUUUUUCGUAACUCGUUGAAUAACGCGAAGAAAUUUGGUUGGUGACUAUUAGCCGUUGCUCGUAUGACUGUGAUUUAGAAAAGCAGAACUAUAAAGGAUAAACCGCUGGGCGGCUAUAAUAGCUAGCAGUUUCCUCGCUCAAUAAUUUAUCUCCCUGAACAUAUUCGUUAUCCUCUUUUUUUCUCUCCAUUUCGUCAAAGGAAGAGAGGAAGAAU